AUGAGCUUUGUUGACCACCGCGCACCGCGACGCGAAAGAUUGCAGCCAGAGUUUACCACUAGAAUUGGUGACAGACCACCGUCAUACCAUGCAGAAAGCGACCCCCACCUCAAGGCAUUCUUUUCAAAUCCGAACAAUGCCCGGAUUGUCGAGAUGGCCAAGACUACGGAGCGAGGUGUGUCGCAAGCAGAGAUGCUCCGCAUUCAGAGCAAGCACCUAGAAGGGGCAACCAUGGCAAAUGUCCGCUCACGCUCCAUUACCCGCCCACUACAAAAGUCUCCAAAUACAGACAUCAAAUCUUAUCGUAAAUCUACAAAGCAUGGCCACGGGAGUCCAAAAGCGUCUGUUACCGAGCAGCAGGUGGAAUAUUCUCCUUAUUUGGAACGCAUUUGUUCCCCACAGACACGAUACUAUAACGAUACAGACAAUCUCAACAAGUCAGAGAAGUUCAUGACAAAGGAUCGGGGCUCUACCUCUCUUGUCUCCCGAAGUGGGAACCAAUUCUUGCCAAGGACGGGCCAAGGGGCAUCCAUGGCUCUGAGGGCGCACAAUGCUGUUGCAUCACUCACUCGUAUGUGGGAGGCUCUUGAAAUCCCCUAUUCAGAGCGUGAUUAUGCGUAUUCUCAGCUCAACAGAAGCUCUACGCUCACGGUUGAGUAUCAAAAGAGGAUGCAUACGCUUUUAGAAUACCGCAAACUCUUUAGGACGCUACUUCAAGAGCGGAUUAUCUGUAAGAAUGAGACGGCUGCUCUUCUGAGUUCGGGGAAAGGCAGCAGAAAGGCCUUGACUGAGCUUCUUACUAAGUUUAAAGUGCUGACCAUUCAGUUAUCAUCUCUUGCCAACGCGUGCAGGUUUCUUUGUGACAAGCCUGUCUGCCUCCCGAAUAUCAAAAUAUCAGACAAGGCAGAGGAUUCGUGGUUUAUGUAUCUAAAACAAGAGUGCUUCUAUACACGGGAAACAACGGCACUUGUGUUUGCGAUUCUCAAGUUUAUGCCUGAGAUGACUCUUCCGGAGAUACAAGAAGUUGUUAACAUCUUCUAUGAUCAAUGUAUAAACUGUGAUGAGACUGGCGACUUGUUUGAUCUGUACGACCAGAAGCACCCACGGAAUGGAGUUGAUCAAGGCCCUCUAGACAGUGACCUGGUAUGUAGCAGUGUAGCACGUACGUCCUCUUUGUCCGAUGAGGACGUAUCCCUUUACUUUCUUUUGGGGUUACAAGCUGAUGCCGUGUUUGCUGGAGAUGAUUUGCCAAUCUGCUGGGAUGCCCAUCUUCAUGCUCUAAAGGGCUGUUACACUAAUAUUACUGAUCUUCCCGUCCCUCUUCUGACUCCUCAGCAGCUGUUGGAUGCCAUAACAGCAGAGCAAGACACUCUUUUGGACUUUGGCACUAUUUUAAAGUUUGUCAACGAGCAACGAAAAACUUUGGUGAUAGUGCCUGUCUAUCCUACAUCUGAUGACUGGGAAGCGUACCAGGUAGAUGAUCGGGACAGCAUGACCCAAAAACGCUCUAUGACAUGCUUCAAAUCCUAUUGCCAGCCCUUGCCAGAAUUUUAUUGUGGAGAUUCAGACAAGAGCAUACAUCCGAUUAUUGAACCCAACUAUGUUUCUAAGAGUAUAGUUGGAUAUUCCACUAAUACUCGACCGAAUACAAAGCCUGUUCUAUUCGCGCGUGAGGAAGAGCCAGUGACCACCAGGGAAAGCAGUUUGCCGAUGCCUCUUAAAAAGAUUAUUUCAAGAGAAGAAGAAGCAGAAUUGAUGAACAGUAAUGCUAGCGAUAAAGCCAUUUAUGAUGAGAAUGGACAAGUAUUAAACACCACAUACCACAUGCCUGCUACAUCAAAGGUGGAACCAACGCCUAUUACUGAGGGAGAUUUGUAUGAAGCAGAAGGACAGGCUGGAACACCUUCUGAAAAGACUGAUGAUAAAUACAUUUAUAACCGCUAUGAGGUUAUAGAAACUGUUACUACAGUUGAACAGGUCAGAGAUGAGCCUUCUGUCUUAGCUGCAAAAUACUGCGAAGAUAGCUACCAGAGGGCCGCCACCCCGGAGUGCGAGGAGAGCGCGGAGGAGCCCCUUGCUGCCCCCGCUCCCCUGGACCCGGCGAAGGACGAGAGCUACCAGAGGGCCGCCACCCCGGAGUGCGAGGAGAGCGCGGAGGAGCCCCUUGCUGCCCCCGCUCCCCUGGACCCGGCGAAGGACGAGAGCUACCAGAGGGCCGCCACCCCGGAGUGCGAGGAGAGCGCGGAGGAGCCCCUUGCUGCCCCCGCUCCCCUGGACCCGGCGAAGGACGAGAGCUACCAGAGGGCCGCCACCCCGGAGUGCGAGGAGAGCGCGGAGGAGCCCCUUGCUGCCCCCGCUCCCCUGGACCCGGCGAAGGACGAGAGCUACCAGAGGGCCGCCACCCCGGAGUGCGAGGAGAGCGCGGAGGAGCCCCUUGCUGCCCCCGCUCCCCUGGACAACUUAUCAUCAACUUGUCAACAACCACUACCAAUGCCUCCGUACUAUAUUAAGGACUUAAGCUAUGAUGUAGAACCUAAUGGCGCAGACUACGAUUUACCCAUCGAUGAAGGCUCCCUGAAAAUACCAUUUGCGGUAUAUAUAGAGUCUGAGGUAAUGGAAUACGCCGAGCCAAUAGCGGAAAAUAGCAUCUGUCUGUGCGAUGUCUCGUAG